AAGGAUAAAGUUCGUCAGUUUAUGAUCUUCACACAAUCUAGUGAAAAAACAGCUGUGAGUUGUCUGUCUCAAAAUGACUGGAAGUUAGAUGUUGCAACAGACAAUUUUUUUCAAAAUCCUGAACUUUAUAUACGAGAAAGUGUUAAAGGAUCACUAGACAGAAAGAAGUUAGAACAGCUAUACAAUAGAUACAAAGAUCCUCAAGAUGAAAAUAAAAUUGGUAUAGAUGGUAUACAGCAAUUUUGUGAUGACCUGGCACUUGACCCAGCCAGUAUUAGUGUACUAAUCAUUGCUUGGAAGUUCAGAGCAGCAACACAGUGUGAAUUCUCAAAGCAGGAGUUCAUGGAUGGCAUGACAGAAUUAGGAUGUGACAGCAUAGAAAAGCUAAAGGCCCAGAUACCCAAGAUGGAACAAGAAUUGAAAGAGCCAGGACGAUUUAAGGAUUUUUACCAGUUUACUUUCAAUUUUGCAAAGAAUCCAGGACAAAAAGGAUUAGAUCUAGAAAUGGCCAUUGCCUACUGGAAUUUAGUACUUAAUGGGAGAUUUAAAUUCCUAGACCUGUGGAACAAAUUUUUGUUGGAACAUCAUAAACGAUCAAUACCUAAAGAUACCUGGAAUCUUCUUUUAGACUUCAGUACAAUGAUAGCAGAUGACAUGUCUAAUUAUGAUGAAGAAGGAGCAUGGCCUGUUCUUAUUGAUGACUUUGUGGAAUUUGCACGCCCUCAGAUUGCUGGGACAAGAAGUACAACAGUGUAGCACUGAAGGAACCCUCUAGAGUGUACAUAGUCUGUACAAUAAACACAACGGAAAAUUGCACAGUCAAUUUCUGCUGGCUGGACUGAACUGAAGACCAAUCCUCACACUAAGGGCUGAGGGUUGAGACACAACAUUAAGGAUACAUCUUGGACCAUAGCAUAUUUCCUUCUUCUAAUGGUGGUUUGGGCUUGUCUCCUAGUCUGGGCCGCUCUUGCCAGUUAUAAUUCCAACGUGGUGGAUUUCAUCUUAUCUCUGUGGACCAUCCUAGUUUAUUCUCCCUUAAGUCUUAGGAGCUUCAUGGUGAUUAUUUUGAGGUUUCCAUUGUUGCAUAAAGCACAAUGCUGUCUUCAUCAGAAAACUGUUUGGCAUAAGAAUUAAACAGAUCAACAUCA